CGUCUCAAUUCACCCCGUGUGGGAAACAAGAGUGGCUAGCCACUCACUCGGGAUUGUAUGGGAUCUAAGCCCUACAUAUGAGCUCAUAUCAUGUAGUAUUAAACCUAAUAGUUGGCUAAAAUAAACGCCAGAAAAGUAAAGAACACUAGAACACCUUUUAUUUCUUCUUUUUGUUUACUUUACACCUCUUCUUGUUUUCUUGCCAACUAGUUAUCUUAACAACAAGUCUCCCCAGGAGGGUUUACUUUCCAAUCACCGUGCGUCUCAAAUAAACAAUACGAUAUUUACCUAGGGAAUAGAAUCAAUCUGCUCGGUCGGAUAUAAUACCUAUAUACAAUAAAGCAACGAAAUAUUAACCAUGUCUCUAACCAUCGCCCCUGUUAACUGUGAGGACAAGAGAGACGAGCAACAUCAUAAAUCAGCAUGGCUUCAAUUCAUGAAGUCCGUCGCAACGUUUAGAGGAGAUCUCACGUCAUUGACAGCGCCGCCUUUCCUGCUUGCUCCUCGGUCUAUAGUCGAAUACAGUGCAUACUGGGCUGAGCAUCCGCGUCUUCUUGUAUCUCCCGCAAGAGAAGAGUGUCCCAAAAGAAGGGCCGUACUAGUUCUUCAGUGGUUUCUGAGCACUCUGAAGCACCAGCAUGCAAGCAAGGACGAAAAUGGCAAAAGGAAGAAGCUGAAGCCCUUGAACCCAUUUUUAGGGGAGAUAUUCUUAGGCAAAUGGUUAGAUGAUGCCGGAACGACACAUCUAGUAACCGAGCAAGUCAGCCAUCACCCUCCAGCAACUGCGUUCCGAAUCUGGAACGAUGCGCAUGGCGUCAGACUUGAGGGCCAUGUCUCACCGAAAGCCUACUUUUCGUCCACGAUAAAUAUAGAACGACACGGAUAUAGUGUCUUACACAUCGACAAGUACAACGAAGACCAUUGGAUUACGAUGCCAAAAGUCCAUGUCGAAGGGAUUGUCACUUUCCAAAUAGCCCCUGAGCUCAGUGGCGUCUCUUAUAUCCGUAGCUCUUCGGGCUAUACGACACGCGUCAACUAUUCUUCUAAAGGCUGGAUAAAGGGCAAAAGCAACUCAUUUACCGCCACUAUAUACCCGGACAACGAUGAAAGCAACCCCCUAUUUAUCGUAGAGGGCCGAUGGAACGAUUCAUACACCAUUAAAGAUGGCAAAGGGAAGGUCAUGGAAACUGUUGAUCUGACAUCGCUGCGGAGGACACCACUACAAGUCGCUCCACUCGAAUCGCAACACCCCCUUGAAUCUAGACGAGCGUGGAAACCUGUUGUCGACGCUAUCAAUGCAAACGAUAUCUUCACGACUGGGCACGAGAAGAGCAGGAUUGAGAACGCGCAGCGCGCGCUACGGAAAAUGGAAAAGGAUGCGGGCGAAACAUGGGCGAGGCGGUACUUCACCCAAGUCGAGGAAGAUCCUAUAGCGGAAAAGCUUUCAGUCAAGAGUAAAUCCGCACCGGCUGAUGGGCCUAACCGCAUGAUCUGGAAAUUUGAUGACGAAAAGUUCAAGAGGAUUGCAGAGAACCAGCAAAAUGGUAUUAAGAGUCCCGUCCGUUCUCGAUUUGACUCUGGGGUUGGAUUCUUGGAGAUAGAAGCGGUAUAGAUUUGGGCUACAGCAACCAUCGGGAGGCUAUAUUCAUAGGAGUUUUAGCGUAUUAUUUUAGUGACGACUGCGUUGGUAUAAGGAAGGCUUCUUGACACUCGCUGGCGGUUUGGGUAA